AUGCUUGUCUUGCAACAAAUUCGACAACAAGUCCAAGUUCGACAAGAGCUGCUCGUUAAUGGCGUUGUGGGAGGUGUCCUCUUUUGUGCUUCGGAUGUUCUAGCACAGAGACUCGAGCAAAGUGAGCCACAAUCGAUUGGCAAGCGAAAGCGAGACGACGAAACAGUUAGUCCCAUGCAGCAACUACGGACAAUAGACAGAGAAUUUCUUCGAUCUGUGGAUUGGAAGCGAUCUUCAUCGGCAGGAAUCUUGGGAGCCUGCUUGAGCUGUGGACUUUAUCCAGCUGCCUAUGGUGCAAUCGACAAGAUCUGGAAGCGCAAGGAUUUCGUGUCACUGGUUCAGAAGAGUGUCGUCGAGGUGUUUACCGUUGGUGUCGUGGCCAAUUCUCUGAGCAUGCUGGUCCGAGGACUUGCUCCUGCUAGAAGUACGAGCAGCAAUCACUCGCCUCUUCAAGUGUUCACGCAUAUGAAGGCGGAACUUCCAAAAGUCACGAUCGAUGAUUUUAAACUUUGGUUUCCUUACAACAUGGCCGCAUUUACCUUUAUCCCGACUCCUAUUCGACCACUGACGACAAUGCUCAUGGAGACUAUUUGGCAGACCUACAUGAGUUUGCAUUCGAAUAACUACGAACAUCAUCAGACCUAG